AUGGUGCAAAGCGAGCAUAGCCCGCUCUUGACUCCUGUCGACAGGGACGCCAUGCAGGAUCCCUCGACGGACCUGCCAGGGUUCGUGGCCAACCAGAUCGAGCAGCAGGAUCACCUUUUAGAUAUCGAGCAAGGACGGGCGUACGGCUCCACGACGAAGAGCUCUAUUUCAUCUGAAAACGAGCGCGAGGACGCGGGUGGUGCCACGGUUGCCGGUUGCGGCUCCGCCGAGUUCUAUCUACCGUCAUCACGCAUCCUGAUCAUUAUGUUUUCCAUGUUUCUGGGCAUUUUCUUGGCGGCGCUUGACGGCACCAUCGUUUCAACACUGCUGACGCACAUCGGCUCUGAGUUUAACUCACUCGACAAGGCUUCCUGGAUCGCGACCAGCUACCUGCUUUCAAGCAGUACUUGUCAGCCUCUGUACGGCAAGCUGUCGGACCGCCUGGGCCGGAAGCCACUUCUGGUCUUCAGCAACGCCGUGUUUGCCAUCGGCUGCUUGAUCUGCGGGCUAAGCAACUCGAUAUGGGCGGUCGUAGCGGGCCGUUUUAUCAGCGGGAUUGGCGGGUGCGGUCUCACCUCCCUUGCAACGAUGAUCAUGAGCGACCUUGUGCCUCUGCGUGAUCGCGCCGUCUACCAGGGUCUGUGCAACUUUGUCUUCGGCCUUGGAACCGCCUCGGGAGGGCUGGUAGGAGCGUACUUCCGGGAUUGGAGGCUGGCCUUCAUUUUGCAGUGUCCUAUCAGCGUUCUGAGCGGGAUCCUGAUCGUGGUGUACCUGGAGCUGCCACCACGAGCCAGCGCGAGCAACAAGGACUGCUGGUCUGCGAGGCUGCGAAGGCUCGACUGGGCAGGCGCGACCAGCCUGAUUGCGUUCUUGUUCCUGUUCAUGCUGACGUCGUCGAUGGGCGGCAGUAGCGUCGCGUACGGAUCGCGCCUGUUCGCGGCCAUGUGUGCGGCGACGCUCGUGUUCGGGGCCGUGUUCGUGUACGUGGAGCUGCGCGUGGCUGCGGACCCUGUGCUACCGGUGACGUUUCUGCGGGACCGUUCGGUGCUCGGGUCGAGCUUGGCAAACUGGUUCUGCAUGAUGAGUAUGAUGACCACGAACUUCUACCUGCCAGUGUACUGGUCCAGCGUGUUGGGCAUGAAAGCCACAGAUGUCGGAAAGCGCGCUAUGCCGAGCUUUUUCAGCGUGGCGUUCGGGUCGCUGGGCGCGGGGCUCUACAUGAAGCGCACGGGCAAGUACUACUACUUCCUGCUGGCGUUCUGCGUGCUGGCGAUAGCGGGCCAGGUGCAGAUUGUGCUCAUCACGCCGCAGAUGCCCGUGUGGCGGCAGUACUUGCUGCAGGUGGUGCCGGGCUUCGGCGUGUCCGUGCUGAUCACCGUGACGCUGCUGGCGAUGAUUGCCGCGGUGCCACACGAGCACCACGCGGCCACGACGUCGAUCUCCUACGCGUUCCGGUCCACUGGCGCGACGCUGGGCGUGUCCGUGGGCGCGGCGGUCUUCCGCAGCUCGCUGACCUCGCUGCUGGACGCGAAGGUGAUGCGAUUUGCGUCUGACGGGCAUUCGGAGCGCGAACUCCGCGGCAUCAUUGCCAGCGCUGCGCGGUCGUCGGACUGGGUGCACCGCAGCGCGCCGCCCUUCGUGCGGGCCACGCUGCUGGAGUGCUACCACUUUGCGUCGCGCGCUACUUUCAAGUUCUGCCUAACGACGAUGGUGCUGGCGGGCGUGAGCUGCAGCAUCAUCAAGGAGCACAAGCUUCACACGUCGAUCAAGCGCGGCUCUUGA